AAUGUUAUUAUUUUAAACCUGUAUAGUAAUACUAGAUUUUUCAAAAACGAAAAGACAAUUUUUUCCCCCUUUUUUUGCGUUCCGUUUCCUCGCAAAAAUGGUAAAAUGACUAGUCACAUUACCUUAGAACUCUCGUGAAUGACCAUAUAUAAUUUAAACCCGACCGCCUUAUUGACUCCGUGUGUGUGUAUUCUUGUAUUGAUCGCACGUCCUAACCUAAAAUAUUAUCUGAUAAUUGUCAUUCUAAAGCGAAAGACAAGUAUCAUUGUAAUCAGUGGAGAGCAAAAAUAUUAUCUCUUGAAUGAAACAAUGUCUAACGGCUUUGUACAUUCUAUAAAAGUUCCAAGACUGUACAAAACUACGGCAAAAAUCGUCCAAAAAGUUGCGGAAGACGGAGCUAGCCUUAAACAGUUGAUUUAUGAGAAAAAACAUCCCAAUCUAGCAAGUUGCUAUGCCUUAGCCGUGACAACUUUGAAGAAUGGCUCUCUACUGGAUGAGUUACUACGCAAAAGUAGAAUAUUAUUGGAAGAAAAGCGUCUGGAUGCUUGGCUAGCAAGAGUGUUAAUAGCAGAGUUAUUAUGGGGAAAAAAAGUAUUAAAGUCAGAGGCAAAACCUCUCCAAACGGUGCUGUCCUACAGAGAAAAAUUGUUGGAGCUUUCCAAGAAUUUAGAAGUACCGACAUCUGACCAACAAGUCAAGAAACCAAGAUACGUUCGUGUAAAUACUCUCGUCGCAAACGUCGAAGAAAUAAUACAAUCGUUCAAGGACGACGAAUGGAUGCUCUUGCCAAAAUGUCCAGAGUAUACUUCUUUCCUCAACACCCUUGGAAAAUUGAAUGGCAAUUCGUUCAUUCAAGAUUUCCAUGUCCCCGAAUUAUUGGCUUUUCCAUGUGGAACUCAGUUUCACAAUGAUCCGAGGUACAAGGAUGGAGCUAUUAUACUUCAGGACAAGGCGAGUUGUUUUCCUGCAUUUUUGUUGAAUCCUAAACCAGGAUCCACAGCUUUGGACAUGUGUGCUGCGCCUGGAAUGAAAACGACCCAUUUAGCAGCUAUAAUGAAAAAUCAAGGCAAAAUAUUUGCAAUCGAAAAAGACAAGAGAAGAUAUGAAACUUUGUGCAAAUUGGUUGAAGAUUCUAAUGCUACUUGCGUGACGACAUUUAACGCUGAUUCCAUGACAAUGGAUGUAAACAAGUGCCCGAACGUUGAGUAUAUUCUGGUUGAUCCAAGCUGUUCUGGAUCAGGUAUGUCCGAUCGUAUGAACUUGGAUGGCAACAGUUCAAAAAGUGCACCAGGACGCUUGAGAAGUUUGCAGUCCUUCCAGGUGCUUCUUCUGCGUCACGCACUCUUGAAUUUUCCAACGGUAAAGCGUGUCGUUUACAGCACAUGCUCGAUGUAUCCAGAAGAAAAUGAGAUGGUGGUUGACGAGAUUUUAUCGGACAUCGGAGACUCGUACAAACUAAAAUCCGUGAAAAAGUUACUGGGAGGUAAUUGGAACAACUUCAGUUCAGAGGAAUACGCGUGUAAACAAAAAUGUUUGUACGCAAGGCCAGAAACCGAUUACAGCAACGGAUUUUUCGUCGCCGUUUUUGAAAGGAGUUCCGACGUUCCUCUGCCAGCAUACAUACGUAAAAGUAAAAAAGCAUUCGCGAAACAAGAAAAACCUCGAGAUUUCGUAGAUGAAAAUGAAAGUACGAAAAGUUUGAAAAAUGACCAGAAAAAUGUUAUCGAAUCGGAAUCGUUUGACAGUUCGAAGGAAAAAAAAUCAAAGAAAAAAGGGAAACGAAGAAAAACGGAGGGCCACGAAUUCGGCAACUUGGCUCGAACGGAAUCUGAUUGUGAAAUAAAAGUUGAACAUUUCGACGUGAACAUACCGAAGAAAAAAAAGAAAAAAGAUAUCGAGGCUAAAGAAAUGUUAGAAAAUACCGAAAAUUUGCAACUCGAUGAGCACGUCGAAGCCAAAAUAAAAGAGAAGAAAAAGAAAAAGAAAACUCGUUCGAAUUCCACAACAUGAAAAAAAAAAAAAAAUUCAAGUUCACAAAUCAAGUUCACAUGCGGAUUUUUGAUAUUUUGUAAUUUAACUAUGAGAAGCGUUUGUUAAUGAAUAUUAUUGAAUAUAUAAUAAGAGAUCAAUAAUGAUUUGCCAAAUUGUA